GUCAGUCGACGACUAUGUUGUCGGACGUAAAUUAGGUGUUAUUGAGCUCCACGAGCCAACGUUUGUUACACGUGGUGUAUAUAUAAAUUCAUUUGGAUUUGUGAGACAAAAUGGUCAAGGAAAAACCAAAUUCUAUACGUACUUACGACAAAGAAGGAUUCCGGCGGAGAGCUGCAUGUCUGUGUUUCAAAGACGAUGCCGAAAAAGAGAUCCUUCUUGUGACAAGCAGUAAGGACAGAGAAAAGUGGGUGGUCCCAGGAGGAGGUGUGGAGCCCUUAGAGGACCCCAGAAACACAGCUGAACGUGAAGCUCUUGAGGAGGCAGGGGUCAGGGGAAAAUUAGGUAGACACAUCGGCAUGUUUGAGAAUAAAGACAAGAACCACAGGACAACAGUGUAUGUGUUUGUAGUAACGGAGCUGAUGGACGACUGGGAAGAUAAAAGGGCUAUGGGUCGCACUAGAGAAUGGUUCAGUAUAGCAGAUGCCCACGCGAAGCUCUCCCACAAACCCAUUCAACUCCACUACCUGAGAGAACUACUAGAGAAACCCCUGGAUAUGGUCACAUGACCACUAGCAAGCCAGUAGAAUUCUAGUAUUUGUGCUGCUAUAUACCAUAAUUUAAAUUUAUAUUUAGUUGUAGGGUAUAUCCCACACUCAACCUGUGAUUCAUGUAUCACCCCAAGGAGUGUCAUCCAGAGGAGAUCUGGGAUGGCUGAAGAAAUGAGUUAUCUUCCCUUUGUGGUGUUGCUAUGGUGAUUUUGACUUCAUUGAUAUUGGAGUUUUCCCCGAGUCAGGCAUUAGAUACCUACAUUUUCAUAUGUUGGUCUCGUAGAAAAUCCAAUGGGACCACUUAUUUGUCUUUAUGAUUUGAUUUGUGCAUUGGAAUAAUUUGAAUACUUCAUUAUUUGUUGAUGAUUUUCAUCAAGGUAAAUUAUUGCAGUAUUAGUGGUAAGAGGCUCAGCCAUAUGAAGAAGUUUCGUCUCUGCUGUGUUGAUAAUUUGUCUUUCAUUAUACAAUGUUUUGUUGGUACUGUAUUUCAUAUAAUGAAUUGACAAAAAAUGAAAGAGCAUUAACUACAUUAUGUUAAGUCUAAAACUAGAAAAUGCCAAAAUUCUUGUUUCUCUCCUGAUUACAGAAAACAUGGAUAGUUGGGUCACAAAGUACUGUAAAUGUAUUUAAUUUACCACCGAUAAAUUUUAGCUUCAACUUUUCGACAAAUUAGCACUGUUGUGCAUAUAUGAAAAUUUGAAAGCAUAAGAAGUUUUAAAAAUAUGAAUCUAUCAUAUGGUUAGAUAUCAUACUGUUAUAGCUGUUAAGGACUCAUUUUUCAACAUUUAUACAGAAUAAUUUUCUGUAACAAGCACGUGUAAUUUUAUUUUACUGUAAUGAUGACAGACAGUGGUAAGAGUGCUGUAAAAUCAAUGCUUUCUCAUCUCAAUGUGUUUCUGAAACCCUGUUAUUUGACUUUCGAAGGUUUUGUAUCUUGCUAAAGUAACAUCCUCUUGGGUGCUAUUAAUGAAAAUUUUACAGGUAAUAAGUUGUAGAGUUAUCUUUUAUAGAAUUCGUUAUUUUGAAAACAGCUUUAAUUUUAUGCUCGUUAUUUUUUCAUGUUUUAGUGAAAAUUGUAUGUUAUUGUACAGAGACAAAUUUAAAUUGUAGUUAAGAGCUGAUAUAGAGCUGACAAAUACAAAGUUGUAAGAUUAUUAAUCCAUUUGAAUUUUAAACUGGGAUAUUGGUCAGAUUUUUCAACAGCGAUAUUUUUUGUUUUGUUAAAUGCCUGUUUAACAUAGUCAGGUUUGUGAGCUGAUAUAGAGCUGACAAUUACAUUACAUAGUUGUAACAUUAUUACUCUGUUUGAUUUUUACACUGGUAUAUAGGUCAGAAUUUUAACAGCAGUACUAUUUGGUUCGUUACAUGUCUGUUUAACAUAGUCAGGUUUGUGUAAUGGAGUAGAAAGGUUUAUUCAUGCAGGUACCGUAAGUAAUUUUUACAUACACAUAUACAAAAGAUAUCAUUACCUGAAAAAUAAGUGCAUUUUCAACUCUUUGUAUUGAAUCUCUGUGUGAUAUGUAGAGGAUCCUACUAUUCACCUAGCGUAAUUUGUGAACAUCUGAAGACUCUCUAGUAUACUGGUAAAUGAACCAUAAGUGAGAUUUUAUAAUCGUUUUUGAUAAUCUGGUCUUUUAUUUUUACAUUCCUGGAUUUCAUUCAGUGUGUAACAAUAUAGUUUCUCUAAUAUUCAAACUGUAAAAAUGAAAAAAAGCUAAAAUAGAAUUAUGAUACUUUGCACACCCCAAAGUAACCAUAAAUACAUUUAUAUACAUUUGUGUGAUAUCCUAUAUGUACAGGAAAUUCAGACCUGUUAGGAUGAAAGAGUUGAAGAUGGCUGGUCAUUUGGUGAUUGUAGCAUUCCUUGUUCUAAGGAUAUUUCUGUAUAUACCAGUAUAUAUAGAUGUAAAAUUAGCCAGACUUAAAAACAUGUCAAGUUUUAAAAAGGUGUUUCGGGAAAAAAGUAAAGAUAAAAGAGCCAUAUAAUUUCCUUUUUACUUGUACAUGUUACAUUUAUUAUUUAGAUUUAAAUGAGGAAGAAAACCCAGACUUAUUGCAAUAAGAAACAAUGUAGUCUAUGUUGUAUUAGAAAAGCAUUAUAAAACUUUACAUUCUUUCUGAGACAUGGUAGAAUGAGUUUUAUAAAAAAAAAAUGGGUAUUAUUCAAUGUUGAUACUCUUUUGAAAUAUUUCAUUUUUUAAUAUAAAGAUCUAGUUUAAGUUGUCUUGAUCAUUUGAUGAAUUAUUAAGUUAAACUGAUUGUUGUUCUGAACCUAAUUGGUCAUGAGAAAUAAGUAUAUUUAUUAUAUGUAUUGAAUUUAUACGUCUAUGUAUAUAAUGUAAAUUUUAAAUACAGGUAGAUUUCCAAAUGCUCUUUCCACAAAGUAAUUGAUGAUACUUGUCACUUGGACUAUUUUUUGAGAUUUUUGAAAAUAAAUGUAUUUAUUUAUCCUAUCCUGAUCACUUAUCUAUGUUCAUGCACAUGAACUGUGUCUGACAGAGUAGUAUUUAAAACUCAUCAACUUUUGACACUGAUGUAUAUUCUAUUAUUAAAAUGGUUGUAAUUCAGAAGACUCAAACUACUUGGUUUACCAAUUUAUAAAUAUUAUUAUCACCUACAUUCAAGUAUCAUGUGUUAUAAUGCUAGUUUUUAGAAAUGUUAUAAAAAUUCAAACCAAGUAAUGUGAGGCGCUGACUUGAUGAGGUUGUACAGGAGUAAGUUAGGAAGUUUGUGUUUUUUUACAAACUGAGAUGCUGUAAAUCAGAUAGAAUGUUUUGUUUUUGUGUUAAUUAUUAUUUUGUAGAAAAAAUCUGAGUCUGUUUUUGUUAAACAAAUAUGCAUUCUCUUAAAUUUUAUGUGUACAUGUUGUAAUAUGGUCCCAAUUAGGACUAGUGAUAAAAGUGUUUGUAAUAGCUUUAUAAUGAUGUUCAUACCCGAAAAUCUCUAGAAGAAAUGAAUACACUUUUUUUAUAUUCAGGUUAAUCACAAAUUUUCUUUUAUCCCAUAACUACUGAAGGUUUUCAGUCUCGCGGUACAGGAUAACAUGAGACCAUCAAAUCUAUUUUGAUGUCACUCUAGAGUUACCAUUACAUUCAAUAGGAGAUAUAAAACCACAGUUUUGAUAUGAAGAAAUUUUUCGUGAUUGUAUCGGUUAUGGGAUGAAUCCGAUAUCUAAAUCAUGCAGAUUGAUUACAAUUUUUAUCCUUUUAUACGUCUGUUCUCAAGUACGAUCUACCAGUUGUUAUCAUACUUGAUGAUGGACCAAUAGAGGAUUGAAAUUCCUGUCAACCUGACUUGUUGGAAAUCCCUUAUGUAAGAUAUAUAUAUAUAUUAUUUUGAUAGUUUAAAUGACUGUUAUAUGUUUUGUUUUGAUUUAUUGCAUCAUUACCAAAAAUAGUGAUUUUGUACUUUACAACAUUCCUUAAUAAAUCCCAGAGCUUUAUGCCAUAGUUUUUUAUUUAACCACUUGUCAUUCUUGCAAAAAGGGAGAUAACUUAUGUCCAGAUUUAACUUGUCAACCCUAAGACCACUGAACAACUGUUAAUUUUGUAUUUUCCAUAAUCUUAUUUUAGUGUGUUCAGCUCAGCUUUUGGUUCUUUUAAUAAUUGCUUUUCAUUUCCAGAAUGCUUAAGUUUGAUUUCAGUUCAUGAUGCAAGUAAGUGUCAUUCUGUAUGCAUAUGACAUAACAUACAUUACUUAAAUUACUGUUACAGUCAGUCAAGACUGCCGUGCAUUUCAGAAGUACAGUAGCUAAUUAUUCUAUAUUUGAUAAAAAUAUAUCUUAUGUCCAUAUAUGGCAUAAGUAGAUAACUUGGUGUCCUGAGACUCCAUGAUAAUGACAGUAGUAAGGAAAUCAGAUAGAAGCAUUUAGAGAUCUAGUCAGGGAGUUUUUAUACCAAUAUGAUAUGUAUAAUAUACACUGUUAUUUUACAGGAAAAUUUACUGCGAUAUAUUAGGUGUGAAAAUACAUGUAAUUAUAUGAUAUUGCACUGAGACAUCUAUACUGGUCAUUACACUUAAAUUCAUCUAAUUAUGUCAAUAGUAUGAUGUGAAAGUCAUUCAGUACACAUAAUGAAUAAUGUCGGAGUUAACCAGUUAAAGUACUGAUUAAAGAUAUCAAUAAAUCAAACCCAGGUCACACAAGAUAUGUAUGUUUUAUGUAUUUGUAUUUAAAACAAGAUUUUUUUUUUGUAAACUACUGCACUGUUACUAAUUGUCUUCACCUGUGAAGUUUUUUGAAUUUUGAAAGAAGUUAGUUUUUAAUUUGUACUGAAAAUUGAUUUUUGUGUCAGCUAUCUGACCAUUAUGCUUUAUUUGUCCCUCCCACAUACCCGUAAAUGAAGGGGUCAUGUACACACUGGAGUCUGUGUAUAGUAUCUGACUUUCUGGACAAAUUAACACAUGUGGCAUUCAUUGAUACAGUCUACUUAUUUGUUUAACAACCUGAUGACUUGAGAGAUAAAAUGAUAUAAUGAUAUUCCCCUUUAAUGAUUUAUUUUGAUAGUCCAUAUUUUUAUGAAACUUUGUGGACAUGAUCACAAAAGUUGUGUCCUUGCUUUAUAGAUAUACCUGAUAUAUAUAUAGUCACUGUCCAUGAUGUCCUGAGGUUACUAAGGAGAAAGCUGAAUAUCCUAUGUGCUUAUUGUUAAACACAGUGAUGAGUAGUAAUUGAAUUACUUUGAUGUGGGAGAGAAUAUUAAGCUCUGACUUAAGUAACAGUUCUAGAUCCCAGGCUGUCAUACCUGUCAGGUGUUGUGCUUUUACAGUGAUUCUUCCAAAUUACAUCAUGUUUUCCCACCGGGUCCGUCAGAUUUUUGCUUAUCCAGUUAGUCCCUAUCUGAGUAAAUUACGUUUUUUAAAGCAAGUCUCUGUCACAUUUAAUAAUGUUUAAGAGUUUAUCUUAACCAGACGCUUUUUCCAAAAAUUUCAUACUUGAUGGAUGAACUGAACUACUGUAAUAGAUCUAUUGCCAAAUAUUAUUUUCAUGUAAAAGUAUAAAUAUUAAAGUUACAAUCAAAUAUUUAUUGGUACAUGUACAUUUAUAUGUACAUGUAUACACAUUUAUAUGGUGUACACUGACUUAGCAAUAUUGUAAAAACAAAUUCAAAACUUUUUUUAUCAUUUGUCACAAGAUAAAAUGACAGUGUAUUAGUGAUACAUGUAUAUGAUAUCUUUAUAUGACACUAAGGUAUUGGGGGAGGGGUAAUAAGCUUCAUGUCGUUGUCAUCACUUAAAAUAUUGUGUGAACCCUAACCUUAGACAAUUAACGAAUGUAUUGUAUUUUUGUAUGAAAUCAAAUUCUCUUUCUAUACAAUGUUUAAAGUGUGAGGAUUAAGAAAAGAAUAAAUUCCAAGAAAAUUUCAUUGUGAAGUCUAAUGUGAAAUUUUCAUCAAAACAUCUA